UAAGACCAUUUUUGAGAUUAAUUCGUUAUUUUUGUAAAUUAUCGUUUUGUGGGUUUCCGACGCCAUACCAGUGCCGACUCCCUCGCGAGGAGAAAUUCCUUCCCUCGUUUUGAUCGGAUUUUCAAAUCGCUUUUUCAGUUUCUUUCGUUGUAAUCUAUACUCACAAUAGCAAAUCGCUAUGACUUGGCCGAUCUUUUUCCCACUACUCUUUCUUCUCCAACUCUGCUUCUGGUCUCUCGCCGUUGCUUCCGGGAACAGCGAUGGGUAUACUAUAAACGGACGUGUGAAAUUACCAGGCUUUAACUUGAAAGGAUCUGGUCUGCUGGCUAAGGCUUCAGACGUCAAGGUGUUACUCAAUGGUGGCCAAAGAGUUACUUUUCUGAGACCUGAUGGAUAUUUUUCAUUCCAUAACGUGCCAGCUGGGACGCAUCUGAUUGAAGUGGAUGCAAUAGGCUAUUUCUUCUCCCCAGUCCGAGUUGAUGUGAGUGCCAGAAACCCAGGUAAGGUUCAAGCAGCACUGACGGAGAAUAGAAGGAGUUUAACUGAACUAGUGUUGGAACCAUUGAGGGAGGAGCAGUACUAUGAGAUUAGGGAACCGUUCUCCGUAAUGUCUAUAGUAAAAAGCCCCAUGGGUUUGAUGGUUGGCUUCAUGCUGCUUGUGGUGUUUGUAAUGCCUAAAUUGGUUGAAAAUAUGGAUCCCGAAGAAAUCAGACGUGCACAAGAGGAAAUGAGAAGCCAAGGAGUUCCCACCCUUUCGAGCUUACUACCCGGGGCCGGGGCCGCGGCACAAAGGAGCACUAGACAAUCGGAGUAGCAACAGAGCCAUCCUAACUGCAUCCGGAGGCUGAAACACUGCAGAUUUCCAUUUUCAUAAAACGAGAAUUUUUACUGAUGUCAAGCUAUAGAUUUCCCUUCCCUUUUCAUUGAUUCUCAAAUAGUGGCAGUAUUUAAGUUUCCUUUCAUUCUAAAAACAUAACACUUUACUCUUCCAUCAUUUAUCAUAUCUGUGCUGAUUAAUGAGAGAUUGUUUCAACUUUUAUUUAGGGGGCACAUAAUGAACAUUUUUAAUGAA